AUGUCACUAACUACUCAACAGCAAGAGCUUGACGACACUGCCAAUGCAGUUCUUCCAGUUUUGUAUUCCUCGACGGACGAUGAAGUAGGAAUCUGGCGUGAAGUGCUAGCUUCGAAAAAGACUAAUACGAAUCAAGGAAGUACUGUGAUUGUCCUCGGAGAUAAUCGGUGUGGCAAGUCUUCUCUCCUCGCUCGUUUGGAUAAGUCUGAUCGUUCGUCGAAGCCAAAAUCGCUUCUGGGUUAUCGUGUUCUUCAUGUGCAAAACGAUGCUCGGGAUGCUAGUUACGCAUAUCAAUUGGGAACAGCCGGUGCCAAUUUGAAUCCAUCCGAGUUACUCCAAAUCCCGGUUUGGUCUCUAGAUGGAAACGAAAGCUGUGCAUCUCUUUUGAAAUAUGCUUUGCCUGCAACUCCAUCAGAAGUUGUAUUCAUUCUUUCGGCCAGCAUUGACAACCCAAACCUUAUUAACUCGCUGAAGAGAUGGGCGAACGUCUGCACAGAACAAGCUCAAAAGCACUUUUCCAAAGAAGAUUUGAAAGCUGGAAGAAACCAACAAGAAAGAAUGUGGCAAGAAUAUGUCGACCCGGUCCAAUCGCAUAUGAGUACUUCUGUGGUCGGAAGUUUUGCCGAUGAGCACAGCUUGCUUCCACUGGAUCAAGGAACUCUUAUCGAAAAUUGUGGAGUUACCUUUAUGGUGGUAAUCACCAAAUCGGAUCUUGGAAAGGAGUUCACCGAUGCUCAGUUUGCUAAGAUUAGCAUUCAACUUCGCAAGCUAUGCCUCAGCUUAGGAGCCACUCUCAUUUUCACAAGUACGAAGGAAUCCAAGAACAUUCAACUACUCCAGAAGUACAUUGUCCACCGUUCUUUCGGCACGGCUUUCACCAGUGCCGCUCAAGUCAUCGAAAGAGAUUCUAUUUUCGUUCCAGCUGGUUGGGAUGGAGAGAAAAAGAUCGACAUCAUCCGUGAAUCAAUCCCGGAUGCUGAUGCAGCUCUAGAACCAACUCGUGAUAAGCUGAGACCAGUAGCCAAGGAACAGCUGAUCGAAGCAGAGGAAGAUCAGGCAUUUCUCAAAAAGCUGAUGGAUACGUUGGCAACAUCUACCACUAGCUCCGGUCCGAAACAAAGAACGAUGCAGGAAGAGCCAGCCGACAAAGACAGUCCGCUGGCUAACUUCUUCUCAAAUUUGCUAAAGGAUAAACCGAACAAGCCAGCAGUCCCUGCUACAUCCGCACAGCCGAUGGACUCUGCGGCCACUCAGGCUCAACUGGACCGUCUUUUGAAGUCUGCUCAAAGUUCGAAAGCUCAAGCUUCGCGUGACAGUGAUGCUUAA